AUAGUAAGGAGGAGAUGGCAAUGUCAUCGAAAAGUCAAAGUGAUAGUAAGGAGGAUAAAAGUUAUUCCUAUCUUCAUGGCAAAAAAAUGGAAACAUCAUCAGAAAAUCAAAAUGAUUGCGAGGAAUUUGUUAAGCAACAAUCUUUCAUUAAUUGGCAAUUCCUAUAUGAUAGUUUUUCUUCUGAAGAGAUUACAGAACUAUUAGAAAAUAGGGAUGAUGAGAGAUCAGAACUCUGUAAAAAUAUUGCUUUUAGUGGUCUAACAAAACUAGAAAUUUAUAGACUUAUUGUGUGCCAAUUUUUUAUUAAUGAUGAAAAAUUGCAAUACAUACUUAAGAAGUUUCGUUCUGAAGAGAUUAUAGAAAUACUAAAAGAUCAUACAGCUGUUGUUAAUAUAACUUACUAUAAUGAUGAAGAAUUGGAACACGUGUUUAAUAUUUGUAGCUCUUUUGAUAUUCAAUAUACUAUAAAGGUACUAAGUAUUACUCCUGAAAAAUUAAGGCUCAUAUGUAAUAAGUUCAGUUUUAUGAAUGUUAGGGGACUACUAGAAAAUCAGGCGGUUGUUAAGGAAAUUGAUUCUAUUGCUCCUGAGAAAUUAGAAUUCAUAUGUAAUGAGUUUAGUUUUAGCGAUGCUAGUACACUACUAAAAAAUCAGAAAAUUGUUAAGCACCUCAGUUUUAUUGAUAAUCAAACAUUUAAAGUUAUUUGUAAUAGUGAGUAUAGUAAUCGGUCUACUAGUGUCGAUGACAAGAUUAUAAAAUUACUAGAAAAGAAAGAGAUUGUUGAGAAUAUCUGUUCUAUUGGUUAUGAAAAACUUGCAUUAUUCAUACUUAAUAAUGAUGAAAAGAGGAGGUUUUUUCUUAGUGAUGUUAUAAAACUACUAGAAAAUCAGGAAAUUGUUUAUAACAUCAUUGAUUAUAAAAUUCAAGAAUUGAAACUCGUAUUUUAUAGUUAUGAGCUUAGUCCUCAAAAUAUUAUAAAAGUACUAGAAAAUAUUACUCCUGAAAAAUUAGACUUCAUAAUUAAUAAGUUUAGUUCUAGCGAUAUUAAGAGACUACUAGAAAAUCAGAAAGCUGUUAAUAACAUUAUUGAUUAUGAAAUUCAAGAAUUGGAAUUCAUAUUUUGUAAUGAUAAGCUCAGUCCUCAAGAUAUUAUAAAAGUACUAGAAAAUAUUACUCCUGAAAAAUUAAGGCUCAUAUGUAAUAAGUUUAGUUCUAGCGAUAUUAAGACACUACUAGAAAAUCAGAAAGUUGUUAAGGUAAUCGGCUCUAUUACUCUUUGGAAAUUAGAACUCAUAUGUAAUAAUAAGAAGUUUAGUUCUAGCGAUAUUAAGACACUACUAGAAAAUCAGAAAAUUGUUUAUAACAUCACUACUGAUAGAAAAAUUGGUGAAGAAUUGCGACUCAUAUUUGAUAAUUAUGAGCUCAGUCCUCAAAGUAUUAUAAAAGUACUAGAAAAUAUUACUCCUGAAAAAUUAAGGCUCAUAUUUGAGAGGUUUAGUCCUAGCAAUACUCAGACACUACUAGAAAAUCAGAAAAUUGUUUAUAACAUUUCUGAUUAUAAAACUGAAGAAUUGCAACUCUUAUUUUAUAGUUAUGAGCUUAUCCCUCAAAAUAUUAUAAAAGUACUGGAAAAUAUUACUCCUGAAAAAUUAAGGCUCAUAUGUAAUAAGUUUAGUUCUAGCAAUAUUAAGACACUACUAGAAAAUCAGAAAAUUGUUAAGGGAAUCGGCUCUAGUACUCCUACGGAAUUAGAACUCAUAUUUAAGAAGUUUAGUCUUCAAGAUAUUAUAAAACUACUAGAAAAUAUUGCUCCUGAGAAAUCAGAACUCAUAUGUGAGAAGUUUAGUCUUCUAGAUAUUAUAGAAGUACUAGAAGAUCAAAAUGCUGUUAAGGACAUCAAUUCUGUUAACACUAAAGAGCUAAAAGCAAUAACGGAUAAUGUUACUGGUGAGGUGUUUGUAAGUAUAUUUAAAAAUUUUAAACCUAGCGUAAAGUCGUCUUUGAGGCUUGCUAUACCUCUGCGUAGAGCUGGUAAAGUUACAGAUAUUAAUAUCGAUUACUUGAACAACAAGGAACGUAUUUGCGAAGAUAUAAUUAAAUAUGUUCCCCAAAAGCUGAGCAUAUAUACUAAAUAUCCUUUCCCAGGGAUUGGCAUAGACGUUAAAGAUCUUCCUCAAGAGCGGGACAUAAAUAUAGAGUCACUUAUACCACUCUCUACAUUCAAAGGAUGUACUGAAUGCGAAGAACCUGUGUCAAAAUUAUAUAAUUUAUCUCUAGAGCAGGUUAUUGAAAAUAUCAAUCCACAUAAAAGAGCUAGGUAUUCCUAA